UCAGGUACUGACCGGUUUCGACACGACAUAGAGUCAAUGAUUGGACCACGCAGUAAGGCCUGGGGAUUGUUCUGGUCAACAAUGUGGAAGUAUUUGACUCCUGCAACUCUUCUUUUCAUCUUGUUUUUCAACUGGAUUGACUACGAGCCGCUGAAGUCGGGUAACUACGUCUUUCCUGGAUGGGCUAAUGCUAUAGGCUGGAUCAUUGCCUUCCAGUCGGUUGCUGUUAUUGUUGGUGUUCUCGUCUGGAAGUUCGUUCGUCAAUCAGAGGGUACAGUAAAAGAACGCUUCCUGAGUCUUCUGUCCCCUAGGGACGACUGGGGCCCUGCUAUCGAUCCAAAGCUGAAAUCAGAUGACUUGGGAGAAAACGGACUGACUGGUGAAAUAAAACCCUUCCAUAACUCCCACGUCAACGUUACGUACACAUUUGAAUCGUCUAUAUGAAAGAAUAAGAAUACGCUGAACUCAAGGAGAAAUUAAUAAAAUAAAGUGUAAAAGUGAAGCAAGUUAUAUUUGAUUUAUGUAACUGGUUUCUGUAUAUAUAUUCAUCAAUUAUAGUAACUUGUAAGAAAUAACCUUCAGAAUUCUUUGGAAUGGAGAAAUUGAUAAAAAUCACAAUAAUACGAUGUAUUAAGUUAAAUAUCAAGAAGUACAACAAACAUAUUUACGGUUUUCUAAUACAAUGUUUAUUCUGUUUAACUUGUUUAUUAUAUAUUUACAAUCUUUAGCUCAUAGUCUUUUUGAACAAUUUAAAAAAAAACACGUUUCGUGACUUCUCAAAAUUCGAACCGAGGACAUUUGUAGCAAAAAAUGAUUUUUCUUUAAAUGUACUUAUUAUUGUCUGUUAGAGAAGAACGAAAGACACGUGGUUCUGUAUAUAAAUUAAGAUGUUUGGAGGAACAUGAGAAAAGGGCUGAAGAGGAAGAAAGGUUUCUGAGCGCCCCUGGUUGUCUCUCAAGCCCCCUUCGGGGCUUAGUUAGUUAGUUAAUAAGAGAAAAGUAAUAUUUGUUACCAAAAAUUGGCCCUUCAAUACUAAGUAAAAUUACAGCUAUAAAGUCGAAGUAGAAGU